GUAAGACAGGUGAGGAACACGGCACAAUAUGUAGACGCUUGCCAGUUAACGCCGGCACCCACAGGUGUGAAGUGUAAUUAAGGCUGGCGCUCCCCAGGUAUGGCUGUGUGCACACUUCUCUUGCUCCUGGUGUGUCUUGCACGGGUUCAUGGACAUCUUUCUGGGGCCGACGUUCUGUGCCAGAAGCACCUGGCGGAGAGAGGCCACGGUUUGUUCCCGGUGCCUGGCACGUGCAACAUGUUCGUCCUGUGUUCCUACUCGCAGAACCAGACACAGUUCUGUCCCAGCGCCACCUUCUGGAGCAACGACAUCAACAGCUGCCAGCAAGUUAACCUCGUCUCUUGUCCGUACGACCCCUGCCGCAGCCGCCCCGACAAAUACCAGUACCCGGACGUCGACUCCUGCCACAACUACUACGUCUGCGGGAAUCGGAGAUCACAUCACGCGAGAUGUCAGCCGGGCGAGAGGUUUGACGCUUCUUCAUCAAUGUGCGUGCGCAGCAGGUCAUGUUUCCUUCGCCAGCAGUAUUGUGACACAAUGAGGCCUUCGCAUGAUCCGCACAAGUUUUACUCGGGAAGUCAGCUGGGCUGGACAUUAAUGUCUUGCCCGACAGGCCUUGUCUACAACACCGCCACCUGCCAGUGCACGUACACCAGUACACGUACGUCAACCAGACCCUCUGCACCCCCUUCCCCAGAAUGCGUAAAUGAUUUUUACUUCCCUUAUGAUGGUAGUAUGCGGGAGUCCAGGGGUCGGAUCCACCAGGCCAAAUUAGGGUCCGUCGGUGUCUCAGAUCAAAAGGCGAUAUUCCACGGUGCCGGAAGUUUGGAAAUACCGUUUCUCGUCAACAGCGAUUUCCGGCCUCAGUUUGCUCUCUCCUUCAAAUUUAGAGUUACCUCCCAUGAGUCACGGCGAGGAAACGGCAUGGCGCUCGUCGGUAACGGGUGCAAUGGCGCAAGGGGCACACUGCGCAUGUUCAUCAGAAGAAGGACAGUCACCUUGCAUGUCACAGUGAGUGGCAGCGACACCGCUUUCGUGAGGAGUAUCCAUGAUGUUAACGUGACGUCAGAGACAGCUGUGCACCUGAUGAGGAAUAACACGAUUAUACGAUUCAAGGUUGGCAACAGGGAGGCGAGGCCUGUAUACACUAACUUGCAUAUAAAGCCUAUCACAUGCGCCCUGGCCAUAGGGAUGGGGAACGGCCUCGAGAACUUCAUCGGGGAGUUUGAUGAUUUGCUGUUCUACCGCUGUGUACCUGAGGGAUUCAUGGCUGGAUGACUCCCUGGCUGCGGGGGCCGUCUCAAACGUCAUCAACCGAUUAUUUAUGAACAUUUUAUCAUCUGUACAUAUCUUCACAAUAAAUCACUUGUUUAUUUA